AUGGAGGCCAUGGCCAUGCGUGCCAUGGGCAGGGAUGUCGUGGCCAUGGAUGCCAUGGGGAGAGAUGCCAUGGCCCUGGAUGCUGUGGGAAGGGAUGAUGUAACCAUGGAUGCAGUGGAUGGCAGCAGCCCAGGCUGGAUGUCCCCGGUGGCAGUUGUGGAGCUGCUCAGGGGCGUGCAGAGAGGCUCGGGGGACAGGAAGAUGUCGCUGUGCCGCCUCCGCUGGGCUCUGCAGAACAAGGAGACGCAGCAGAAGUUUGUCAGGCUGGAUGGCAGCGUGCGGGUGCUCACGGGGCUGUUCACCAGCAGCCUGGCCGACGUGCAGCUGGAGGCAGCUCGCUGCCUCCACGAGCUCUCCCACUCCAGCGACCCUGCUGUGGCUGAGGCUUGUCUGCCCGUCACCCCGUAUCUCCUUACCUACCUCUCAGGACACAGCAUUGAGUUCAUGGAGCUGUGUUUGUACACGCUGGGGAACCUGGUGGUAGAAAGUGAGGCCGUGAGGAAACAGCUUCUGCCCCAGGGCAUUAUUCCAGCACUGGCAUCCUGCAUCCAGUCCCCGCACGAGGCGGUGCUUGAAGGCCUUGGCUACGUCCUGUCGCAGCUGCUCCAAGCCAAGGAAGCCCCCACGGAGAUUGUACCCUUGGUGCUGGAUGCAGGUCUCCCCCAGCACAUGCUCCGCCUGGUCUGCGCCGGCCUCACAUCUGGCAUUGGAGCCGCAGUGGAGUUCGCCUGGGGUCUCCACUACAUCAUUUGUGGCCACAUGGCCAACGCGGCAUUGCUGGCGCUGGGGGCCGUGCCAGCUCUUGCCUCGCUCCUGCUCAAUGUGGCCUCCCAAAUCUCCCCAGGUGCUGCCGAGGGCCUGGAACUGCUCGUGUGCCCGGUGCUGCGGUGCCUAAGCAACCUGCUCGCCGAGGAGAGCGCGGGCCGUGACGUGCGAAUCCAGGAUGAGCGCCUGCUUGUGGCCCUGUUUGUGAUCCUGCAGUGCCUCUUCCAGGAGCACCCAUUCCUCGUGCAGGAGAGUCUCUGGCUGCUGAACAACCUCACGGCGGACGAGCCCUUCUUCUGCUCCGCUCUGCUCGCUCUGGACCUGCUGCCGGCCCUGCUGCAGCUCCUGCCACAUUCCCAGACCGCGAGUGUCUUGGUCCUGACCGUGCUGUGCAAUAUCGCAGAGAAGGGCCCGGCCUAUUGGCGCGUGGCGCUCGCCGACACGGCCGCCCUGGGGCAGUGCCUGGAGCUGCUGCACCUGCUCUUCCUGCACUGCCCUCAGGCUGCUGUCGACUUCAUCCAUCACGGAGGGUGCCAGGCCCUGGAGCAGCACCAGGGCCACGCGGAGCUGGCGGAGCGAGCGCGGGCGCUGCUGCACGUGGCCUCGCGCACUGCCCAGCCCGCGCUGCCCUAG